UGUAAUCAUGGGACUUUGUCGAUAAAGAAGGAGUGAGUGUAAAUCAAUGACUUAUAAUUUGAUCAGGAAAAACUAUUUUGUUGAGAACUCGGUUUGUCAGAAUUACUAUUCUUAUUUAAGAUGUCUUAAAUAAGGUUAUGCAAGCAUUAGUUAACUUAUGUUUGAAAUGUUGGCAUGUAGUAGCUUAACAUAUUUCACGUCUUGAACAUUGUACAAGUUGUUUUAGGCUGUGCCUAUAGAUGUAUAAACAAGGCUGGGUUGCCCUAGUAAUAGGUUUUGCUUCACCUUCCUUUUACGUGAGUUGUAAUUCAAUCAUCUCCAUUGGUAUUUUCGAGGAUCGUAACCAUACUUCAUCUACAAGUCUUCAUAUUAUUGCUUAUGAAAGUGAUGCUUUUUGGCAGCAGCAAUUACCAUUUUUAGCUUGGCAUGUACGUCUUUUACCUUUUUCUCGACUAUCUCCAGGCUACUCAGGAGUAAUCUAUUAAGCUCUCUGGAUUCUAGUUCAGUAACGCAUAUUUUAGACAACUGUUUUAUGAGCAAAUGCCAACCACUAUAUUUCAGCUUUCAUAUUAUUAGUUCGAAAAUCUGCGCGAUAGAAGAUCAUUUCUUUGCUGAUAGUUAGAUUUAGUUUAAGCGUAGUCUGCACUGAGGUUGUAACUGUUGACGAGCCUAACGCGCUGAAAGCAAUAUUUGAUUCUAAAAUUCCAAUAGUAUUUCUCUCCUUUCUUCAACGAAAUAAAGAAAUCUGUUGGUGCUCAAUCACGCAUAAAUGAAGUAGAGAAAACUUUAAUUAAAGUAUACACUGCAAUAUCAAAGGGCUGAAGAGUUCAUCAUCAAUUUGCCCGUGCAAAGAAUGAUAACAGGAAAAACUUUAUUAUGUUGUUGAUAAAAUUGGAU